GCAAUUUGGACGUCGUGCUUUCGUUGAGCGCGCAUAGUGACCACACAUUGGCAAGAAAGUAAAUAAGUGCAAAGUAAGUUUUGGUGGCGAAAAGACGCUUAGCGCGAUGUAAAGUCGCGCUUUGUUUUAUUUUGUGUAGUUGACAUUGCACUUAAAAUUAAUAAUUAAAAAACAAAUCAAAGAGAAUCUUAUAUUAAGUAUGAGACAAAACAAUAAUCGGGGCCAGGGUCAACGCGUUCUAGACAAGCGUCUGCUCUCUUUACAGCGAAGCAACGCUUACUUUUCAUAUGUAUUAACAAAAGACACUAACGCUGAAUCGAAUUCCUCCAAAAACGAUCGAACGCGAGCAUUAGCCCCAACCCCGUUAGCUGAACUCAAGCCAAUAGUGAGCGACAGAGCGCGUUCCCUCUCCCCGUCGGUGCUAUCUUCGACUAACGCAUGGUAAGCGAUAAAUCCGCUUCCCCCUCGACACACCUUCCCACACAUCAAUUGCCUACGUGCUUGGCUACGGUUACUAGCACAGUAACCUCACUAGUCACUGCAACCGCAACAACAACAACAACUGCAGCUGUAUUAGGCGUGCUCAUGACACCAUCGUUGCCGAGUCGACGAUUUUCACGAGCGCAACACUGACCAGCGCACUGCCGGCAAAAACAAGUUCGGGGGGUUUGAAAUAAUAAACUUAAAGCCAAAAAAUUGUAGCCUUAGUUUGUUCGUCUGUGCCUGUUUAUUUUGAUAUUAAAAACAUAUUUUUUUAACAAAUGAGUGGAGGGAUUUACUGGACAAUAUGAAAACUUUUAAAUUACCUUAGACUUUGAACGAUUAAUGUUCCUUAUUUCUUUCUUAAUCGUUCUUCAGUUAUUAAUUUAUUUCGUUGUUUUAGGAUGUGCUCGAUGUACCAAUUUCUCAAAUUGUAAAGGCGCCCGUUUCACCUUCAAAGGCAAGUGUCCGGAAACAAAAUCAAGUGCAAAGUAAAAAGAAACGGAGAAAAAUGGAAUCAUCGGAUGAUGAAAACAGAUGUGCUCGAUGUACCAAUUUCUCAAAUUGUAAAGGCGCCCGUUACACCUUCAAAGGCAGGUGUCCGGAAACAAAAUCAAGUGCAAAGUAAAAAGAAACGGAGAAAAAUGGAAUCAUCGGAUGAUGAAAACAGAUGUGCUCGAUGUACCAAUUUCUCAAAUUGUAAAGGCGCCCGUUUCACCUUCAAAGGCAGGUGUCCGGAAACUAAAUCAAGUGCAAAGUAAAAAGAAACGGAGAAAAAUGGAAUCAUCGGAUGAUGAAAACAGAUGUGCUCGAUGUACCAAUUUCUCAAAUUGUAAAGGCGCCCGUUUCACCUUCAAAGGCAAGUGUCCGGAAACAAAAUCAAGUGCAAAGUAAAAAGAAACGGAGAAAAAUGGAAUCAUCGGAUGAUGAAAACAGUGAGGCGGAGAAUGCAUGAGAUAAAUAUUAUA